GGUCACAACAGAGGACAUUCUACAUUAUGCCUGACUGACAGUUCAAAAAACAUGCUUGACAGCAGCUGAAGAGUGAGCAGGCUUCAAACCAGGCCAUUUCCAAUUGCACAGAGCAGCACGAACUGUGCCUGAAGCACAGUCACAGUGUUUAUCUGAGGACAGGACUGCUCUACAGUUGGAAAUCAGGCAUCAGGGUCACAGAUGAGGUACUCAGAAAAGUGGAUGCACACCAGAGACAGCUCUCUGCUGUGCUUUGCACUGAGGUGAGAAGAAAACAAGCUUCCUGUGGCGUUCCUUCAGCAGCUUCACUUAGGGAGUGAAGCUACUGACUUUGGUCUUUCCCAUGCCUACCUCCAGGACUGAGCAGUCCUCAGACAAAUCUAUUCUAUCCAUAUACUUUUAAGCAAGAAUAGCUACAUACUUAGAUAUCAGGACUGAGAUUAAGAUCUUUCUUAUCUUUUACAAGCUUGAGUCUCAUCAUCUCAAAAGCCUCCCUGAGGAUACCAAUGUCAUCCAGAUCUGGCAGCACGAGAGACUAUGGGACUAGCGGCCAACGACAUCACUCAGCUUCCCCACCAGCCCCAGACCCCAGUGACACUGAGACUGAAGGUCUGAUCUUCUAUCACAUGGAUCUUUAUGGAUCAAAGGAGAGGUUUGAUAUCUUUCCUGAAGAGCCCUCUGGUCGAGGAGACAGAUCUCUGGGGGAUACGAGAAGGGAAUCUGCACCGAGUAGUGAAAAAGUUCAGCGCCCACAAGAAGUUGGCUAUGACUUGGAAAAGGAGGUUGCAGAGUUGGCUAAGAUGUAUGGACUUGAUGAGGAUAGAGAAAAAGAGCUUGAGCUUCUUGGAGGACGUCUGGAGAAGGUGGAGAGCAGAUGGCCACCAGCUCGCACAGAAAAAGCAGGAUUACAAGGUUCCUUAUAUAACAGAUCAAAAAGCAGCUCUUCAGUGAAAGAUCCAAGCCAAAGCACAAAGCAGCAAGGACUUCCUGAUGAGGCUUCUCAAGGUGAAAAUCAGAGCAAAGCCAGAGCAGACGAUGAGGCUGAGAGCAGCACAUGGUCCAGAGGGGGACUUAGCAGUGGUGGCAUGUCAGAUGAGUGGAACAGUCAGGCUGUCAGUGAGGAGGAGGUAGAGGAGGAGGAGGAAGAGGAGGAAGCAGCAGAUGUUUUUUGUUCCACCUGCAAGAUACCAAUCCGAGCUUUUGACAAACUAUUUGGUGAACACAAGGAUCAUGAGGUUGCUCAGCUCCCCAGUGCUGUGGAAAGUGAAAAGGAGGAGAUCCAUAAAAACAUGUGCAAGUUGGAAGAACAGAUUGCUCAGAUGGAAAAUGUUGCCAGCCAUUUGGAGGAAAUCUUCAUCACUGUAGAGGAAAAUUUUGGGAGGCAGGAGCAGAACUUUGAGGUGCAUUACAAUGAUGCAGUGCAAGUGCUUGCUCAGAAGUAUGAGGAGCAGCUGGAAGCACUGGGAGAAGAGAAGAGGCAGAAGCUGGAAGCUCUGUAUGAGCAGCUGGUCAGCUGUGGGAAACAUCUUGACACCUGCAAGGAGCUGACAGAUGAAACCCAAGAGCUUUUCCUGGAAAAUGACAAAGUUGAAUUUAUGAAGGCAGCAGUAACCAUGGUUGACAGGCUGGAAGAAUUCUUAAAGCAAGAAGUGAAUUUAGAGCUUUCAACACUGCCAGACUUUGAAGAGCGGACCAUAGAUGUCUCUGAAGUUGAACAACUAAUGAACUCCAUUAAUGCUAUUCCAGCUCCUUGUGCCCCUGUGAUCAAUCCCCAGGCUCCCAAUGCAGCAACUGGCACUUCACUGAGGGUUUGCUGGGGCCUCUUCUCAGAUGACACUGUGGAGUGCUACCAGUUGUGCUACCAACCCGUGAGCAAUGAGAGGCACAGGGAUGGGCAAGCAGAGCAUACACUAAAAGUGAAGGAAACAUACUGCACCAUUACUGAUCUGUUGCCAAAUACACAGUAUGAAUUUUGGGUCAGUGCUUUAAAUGCCUCUGGAAUCAGUCCACCAAGUGAAAGAGCAGUUUAUGUAACAGCUCCUUCACCACCUAUCAUAAAGAAUAAAAAGAUCCAAAGCUGUGAAAAUGCAGCACUGGUGUGCUGGGAAUCCAGAGACAUUAACCCUGUUGAUUCCUACACAGUUGAAUUGUCCAAGCUGACAGAUGAAGAAAAUGAUGAUAUUAUUACUGAAUCUAUUGUUGGGAUCCCUAACUGUGAAGUCCUAAUUCACCUCCAGCCAACACAAAAGUAUUACAUCUGUGUCAGAGCCCAAAACCUGGGUGGCUCCAGUGAAAGAAGUGAACCAGUCCUGAUACACACCACAGGCACCUGCUUCUAUCUUAAUGAGGACACAGCCCAUCCUUUACUGGCAAUUCUAGAUGAUGGAUUUACCAUUUCAUGUGAUGAACUGGAAAACCCAGAGUGUGAUCUGCCUGUCUAUGAUAACAGCUUUACAAGAUGCAUUGCAAUCCUGGGCAGUCUGAUCCCAUUUCCAGGAAGACAUUACUGGGAGGUGGAAGUUGAGGAAGAUACAGAGUACAGAGUUGGUGUGGCUUUUGAGAACACUCCAAGACAUGGUCACCUGGGGGCAAACAACUCGUCCUGGUGCAUGAGGCACAUCAUCACACCCUCCAGGCACAAGUAUGAAUUCCUGCACAGUGGGAUGACACCUGACAUCAGAAUUACUGUUCCCCCCAGAAGGAUUGGCAUCCUGCUGGACUAUGAGAACUGCAGACUGUCAUUUUUCAAUGCAGAUAUUGCCCAGCACCUUCACACGUUCAACUCACACUUCCAGCAUUAUGUCCACCCCUGCUUUGCACUGGAAACACCUGGUAUCUUAAGGAUACACACUGGAAUUACAACACCCCCAUGGACUGCCCUGCCAUAACCUGUGUUCUGCAGCUGCCACACCCCUGUGUAACCUGCCCUGAGCAAUGCCCUCUUUCAGCAUUAACUGCACCAUCACACUCCCUAUGAACCAGCAGUUUCCCCCUAGUAAGAGCAAAGCAACCCUGACCCAAACCAGCUGCCAAGCCUGGCAGCUUGGAAUUUACAUCCUCUUGGGAAGGAUCUUAGCAAAAAGCCACUGUGGUCACAAGAGCCAUCAGCAUCUCAGAAUUCUCACUAGAAACGGACACCUUCCUUUUCAGAGGUGAUGCUGUCACCACACAGCAGUGGCAGCUGGAUCACAGCUCCCCCAACACCCACCUGAAGCCUAGGGAACUCCCCAGUUCCAAAGCAAUCAUUGAUUCUACUCCUGAGUCUACUCAAGAGCUAAAAACUCAAAGAAAAACAAAAAUAGCAAAAGGCAUAAUCACUGUACAGCUGCUGGAGCUGAAAGCACUCCAGUCAUGAAGCUGAUCUCCCAAUCAAGUGUUCUUGUUGUGACACAAGAUAAUCAAAUAUGCUGCCCCUAUGUUUGUGCCUACAUACCCAGUAGGACUUUCUGGAAUACCCAAGCCUGCACUCCAGUCUCAAAUGUAAGCAAAAUUUUUACAGAAUGCUUCUCAUUCAUUCACCCAGGGAAAAAAAAAAAUAAGACUUUUUGCAGUGCUUGAUUGUCCUUGUAGAAAAACCUACAGCAACAUUUUUAGCUGCUUCCUUUUAGCUAUGCUCAUCUCCACUUGGGUGUACCCUCCCUCCACACUCACAAAUCUGAUCUCCCCCUCAGCAUGGAAGAAUUCCACUCCAUGCUGUGCCCUAGAACUGUGGGUGUCCAGUGAGGCUGGCAGGACUCUGGCUCAGCAUGCAGUUGAGACAUCCUUGUUUGGGUUUCAUUCCCAGACACCAAUCAAGACAGACCCUGCCUGACAAGCAGGCUUGGCCAGCUCUGAACAGCCUCAGCCAUCCAUGUCAAAACUACCUGAACUCAAUCAAGAGUCAUUAACAGAGCAGCUUUUCCACAUAUUUAUUGCACACUGAUUACAAAAAUCAUUGGUUCAAGUUUCCAUUCUAGGGAAUCACCAGGAAUAAGCAGUGGCCUCUACAAUAUGCAGGGUCUCUACAAAUAAAUGCCAUUGGCAAAACUAAAGAGAUUUUACAUAGAACUGUGUAUCAAAACCUUGUCUGUUCUUUCUCAAAUAGCGUGAAAAAAGUCUUACCAAAACAGGCCUUUAUAAACCACAAAAACAGGAGCUGACUAUGUCACUACAGCACUGAUCAGUACCAGCUGCUCUUGGAUAAACGCUUCAAAAGCCUCAGAAGAUGGGUUUAGCAACACUGAGCUAUACCAGCACAGCAUCAUUUCUCAACCUACCAGGAAUCAAGGCAUUUUCAGGGCAGAAAAGGUUGUUAUGGUCACUUUGUCACACCUGCUGUAGGCAGGCCAGAGACCUUCAGUUGCUCUGUUUGCCAGUGAGCAGAGCAGCUUGUGGCCACGUGUGCCCUGCUGAUGCUGGCAUGGCCAUGGGAACAGCAGCUCUAGGGUACAGCUCCUGUGCAGGGGAUGGAAGUGCUGAGAUAGCACCAUGCUUUGCUUCAAAAUGUACUCCUUGACUCUGGGGCCAACUUCUACCCACUGGAACAUGUUUUACCCCUAUCAGCCAAAAAACUGAGAGCCCCACUCUUAGAUACCUGAAAGAGUGUAACACACA